AUGGAAACUUUAGGAAAUUAUCUUGGUCUAGAUUUGGAUAUUUUUAAAGCAGUUAAUAAGUAUGAUCAUGUUGCGCUUAGAAGACUUAAUAAAAGUAAUUUAGGCUCAGGUGUUAAGGCUUGCUAUCUAAGUCACUAUACAAUAUUCAAUUUAAUUAUUGAAAAUAACUAUGAAAAUGCUUUAAUUUUUGAAGACGACGUAGAUAUGGAACUUAAUAUUACCGAUAUUAUGACUGAAGUUCAUCGUAAUUUACCACAUAAUUGGGAUAUGCUGUACCUUGGUCAUUGUAAUGAGUGGGGAAGCAACUAUCUCAAAACCAAUUUAACCGUUCACGCACUUCAUACAACGGGACAUCCCCAGUGUACACACUCUUAUGCUGUUUCGGCUAAAGGUGCUAGAAAGUUAGUAGAAAAACUUAACAUAGAUAACCCGAAAGAUCAUAUUGAUGUGGAUAUGCCUGCUCUUAUUAUGAAUAAAGAAAUUAUUAGCUAUUCAAUUCAUCCGCAGAUUGUUGUGCAGUUUAAAGGUGUGAAUGAUUAUUCAGAUGUUUCACCUCAAUGGGAGGCAGGUGAACCCUACCCUUUAAUGAACUCUACCAUGCAUUUUCUCGGAUACGAUCAAGAUAUUCCAGAUUCAUAG